AUGGAAAUACAAAGAGAUAUUGUUACGUUCCUAUUUGGAAUAGUAGCGUCACUUCUUUUGUUCGUUGUUGGGGGAAUGUUUAACAACACAAAAUACAUUUUCGGAUGUUACAUCUUCCUAGGGUUCGUUUUAACUACCUAUACCAUACUCGCGUUUCUAAUACCAAGAACGAAGAAAUCAAAAAAUUUUGUUUUUUCAUACGCAGUGAGUACAGCCUGCAUGUUUUUAAUAUCACUUAUGUCACACAUAGUAAUAACUGAUGCACACACUGCACCUGCAUGUGCAGGGAACGUUAACCAUUGCACAAAAUACAUUUUUGCAUCCAUUUUUGGAUUUGUUUCAACUUUAUCUUUCCUAGUUGCAUCAAUAUUGACGUUUAAACUUGCCAAUGUUUGGUAG